AUGGAAUGGCAAGAUGAAGCGGGGCCUUCGAGUGGUCCUUCUAACGGCAUAGCGUCAUCGUCCAACGGACCCUCGUCGCACUCAGACACAGACCUGUAUCGAAGCGACUACCAUGCGCUCGAAAAUGACAAGACUUAUAUCGACUCUGUGGUGAGCGAUCCGGCCAAAGACCUGGAUGGAACCCAGAACGCCCACAUCACAUACCUCGUGACGACCAAGUCCAACAACACGCAGUUCUCGAACAAGGAGUUCCGAGUCCGACGCCGGUUUUCGGACUUUGUCUUCCUUUACAACUGCCUGAACAACGAGUUCCAGGCCUGUGUGGUGCCCCCUCUCCCGGACAAGCAGCGUCUCGAGUACAUUCGAGGGGACCGGUUUUCGACAGAGUUCACAGUCAAGCGAGCAGCAUCUCUGACACGGUUUCUCUCACGCAUAGCACAUCACCCCCUGCUCAAACGGUCCAAAUACUACCACGCCUUUCUGGAGUCUGGCGAAUGGAACGCAUACAAGAAAAACAACAUUGCACGAGGAGGACUGAUUGUGGACGGAGGAAUUUUGGACGGACUGUCCGACACGCUGGUCAGUGCAUUCACUCGACCCCCACAGACGGCCCAGGAGUUCCAGGAGGUCAAGGAACGAAUCGACCGCCUGGACGUGUGUGUGUCGCACAUUGAAAAGGUACUGGCUCGGUCUGUGCGUCGACAGUCAGAUCUGGUCAUGGACUACCAGGACCUGUCGCAGCACGUGGGCCAGCUGGAGCAUCUGAUUCCUUCAUUGGAACAAGAGUUUUCCAAGUUUGCUGGAGGCCUGCAGGCGCUGGCCAUCAACACAGCCGUGCUCAAGGAGAAACUUGAUACCGACUACGUGUCUUCUCUCAAGGAUCUCAUGCACUAUCUUGUGUCGGUCAGAGCUUUGCUCAAACAACGAGACCAGAAGCAGGCAGACUACGAGGGCCUGGUGGAGUACAAUGAGCGAGCUGUGGCCGAAAGACAGGCGCUGGUGUCUGGUGGAGGGAACGGUAUUCUGCGAAACAAGCUGGAGGACAUUCGGGGUAUCAACCAUGAGUUUUCACGACGGGAACGGCUGCAGAAGCUCGAGGGCCGGAUCGAGAGUCUCACGGGCGAGACGAAUCUGGCCAAGACCACGUCCGAGGCCUUUGACGAGCAGACCAAGCGCGAGAUUAACACUUUCGACAAGAUUCGAUCCGGCGAGAUGAAGGAGACUCUCAAGACUCUGACCUCUGGACAGGUGGAUUUCUAUGCGGCUUUGGUCAAGGAUUGGGAGGCUAUUUACGAUGCUCUUGGAGAGUGA